AUGGCGGCCUCUUCUGCCCAAGUUCUGCCGCCCUCGGCUGGGUGGGCUGUUGUCAUUGCGCUCGGUAUCGGCUUUGCCUUUCUCAUGCUCGGCAUCACCUUGAUCCAAGAACGUUACACGUCUGUCUCGGUAAAGACCAAUGAAGAGUUCUCGUCGGCUUCUCGCUCGGUAAAGACGGGCCUCAUCGCCGCAGGCAUCGUCUCGGCCUGGACGUGGGCCGCCACGCUUCUGCAAUCCUCCACUGUGGCCUUCAAUUAUGGUGUCUCAGGACCCUACUGGUAUGCUGGAGGAGCAUGUGUGCAGGUGCUCCUCUUCUCGAUGAUGAGCUCAAAGACAAAGGCAAACGCACCCUGGGCCCACACCUACCUCCAGAUCAUCCGGCGCCGGUGGGGCUCCAUUGCCCACCUCUGCUUUCUCUUUUUCGCCCUCGCGACCAACAUUCUCGUGGGCGCAAUGCUCAUCCUCGGCGGGUCCGCCACGGUGAAUCAGCUGACGGGCAUGCCGACGCUCGCCGCCAUCUUUUUGACACCCGUCAGUGUCGCAAUCUAUGCCUUGAUCGGCGGCAUGCGCUCGACGCUCUUGGCCGACUAUGCCCAUACCUCGGUCCUCGUGAGCCUCAUCUUUGUCUUUGCCUUCACCGUCUACGCCACCUCGGACAAGAUUGGAUCUCCGCAGGCCAUGUAUGACCUUCUCUUGGCCGCUGAGCCCGUGCCCGGUAACGCAGAGGGCUCCUACCUUACGAUGCGGUCGCUCGACGGCCUCAAAUUCGGCAUCAUCAAUGUCUGCGGCAACUUCGCUACCGUGUUUGCCGACCAGAGCUACCAUCAGAGAGGCAUCGCAUCGAACCCUGCGACGGCGACAAAGGCCUUCAUUCUCGGUGGCAUCGCCUGGUUUGCUGUCCCGAUGCUCACGGCCUCCUCAUUGGGUCUUGCCGCGCGGGCUCUGUACGGCAAGGACCCAGCAAUGGCGAUGCUGUCGGCCUCUGAGAUCUCCGCAGGUCUGGCUGCGCCAGCUGCGGCCGCUGCUCUCCUUGGCAAGAGCGGUGCAGCAGCUAUGCUCAUUCUCCUCUACCUCGCCGUCACGAGCGCGACGUCGGCCCAGCUCAUUGCCGUCUCGUCUGUCGUGACGUACGACAUCUGGAAGCCCUACCUCAAUCCCAAUGCUUCCCAGAAGCAGCUCUUCUUUGUCUCGCACGUUUCCGUGGCAGCCUGGUCAAUCGUCAUGGGCAUUCUCGGGCUUGCCUUCUACUAUGCCGGCAUUUCGAUGGGUUGGUUGUACGUGGCCCUGGGAAUCAUGGUGGCCCCCGCUGUGUUCCCCAUCUUUGCCUGCAUCGUCUGGUCCAAGGCGAACCGCUUGGGAGCUUUGGUCGGCAUGUUCACUGGCCUCGCUCUCGGCAUCACCUCAUGGCUCGUUAGCGCCAAGACUCUCGAGGGUGAGCUGUCGAUCAAAUCGACCAACGCCGACAACCCCCUGCUGGCGGGCAACCUCGUCUCUAUCUGCGUGCCCACAAUCAUCACCAUUGUCACCUCGCUCAUCUGGCCCGAAAAUUACACUUUUGAAGAGACGAGGGCCAUCAACGCGCCCGAGGACGUAGACGAUGGAGCGGCGACAAAGUCGCCCAAGGAUGACGACUCGUCGCAUCCGUCCACGCCAACAGACGAGAAGAAGGACCCGAGCGCGGGCGCAGCCUCGGCAGCAGGGCUCGACCCGGAGCAGCUGGCCAAGAGCUUCAAGAUGUCGGUGCGCCUGAGCAUUCCCCUCACUUUCAUCUUCCUCAUCUUUGUGCCGUGCAUGGCCAUCAUCGCAAAGACGUUUUCGCCAGCAGGGCUGGGAGCUUGGAUCGGCAUUUGCAUCUUCUGGCUCUUUUGUUCGUCGUUCAUCGUCGUUCUGCUUCCCCUCUGGGAGUCGCGCGUUGCGCUGGGCGAAAUUGCCAAGGGCAUUGCUGCGGAUCUUUCGGGCAAGCGUCGCACAUCCUCCCCAUCUUCUUAG